GGCGCCGCGCUAAAACCCCAUAUACCAAAAACCCUUCGUCUUGCUCCAAUUAGAUUUUUGAAUCCCUUCCCACAGCUACAGCUGUAGCUGCGUUCUUGAAAUCGUGCUUCCAUGAAAGUAAACCCAGAAAGAAGCAAUCAAUUCAAAACCAUGUCAGAAGAACACAAGAAGAAGAAGAAGCAGAAGCAGCAACAGCCGGAGAACGAUGAUACGGAACCCGUAGCAGCUCUCAGCGAUGCUUCCGACAUAUGUGGCCAACUCAUGGACCGCUACGCCAAGUCCUCCGCCGCACAGCACCGCCAUCUUCUCGCCUCCGCCGUCGCCAUGCGCUCCAUUCUCCAGGCGGAGUCCCUCCCCCUUACCCCCGCCGCCUACUUCGCCGCCGCUAUCUCCGCCAUUGAUAAUGCCUCCGCUUCUGAAUCCCUGGACCCUACUGCGGUGUCUGCUUUGUUGUCAUUUUUAGCCAUCACGCUCCCCCUGGUGCCGCCGGGGGGAAUUUCUGCUCCAAAUGCGAGCGAGGCGGUGGGCGUACUGGUGGUGCUGCUGGGGAAGAAGAGUUUGGCUGUGUCCAGCGUGAGGGCUGCGGUGAAGUGCUUGGGGGUUUUGUUAGGAUUUUGUAAUUUGGAUGAUUGGGGCUCGGUUCAGUUGGGAUUUGAAAUUCUGCUGAAGUUCUCGGUUGAUCGGCGUCCCAAGGUUCGACGUUGUGCCCAAGAUUCGCUUAUUACGGUUUUGAACUCUUUGAAGCAUUCUGCUACUAAGAAAGAGGCCAGCAAGUUGGUUUUUUUGCUGCUGAAAAGCUGCAUGCCAUUGGCAAUUAAAUUAAGUACCAGCGCCCUUGUUGAUGGGCGUGAGGAAGAUAAUCAGUCAAAUGGUCAACAUCUUGAUGUCCUGCACAUACUGAAUGUUAUCAUACUUGCUAUUCCAUUACUAUCAAACAAAAUUCGUUUGAAAAUACUUAAAGAAUUGAUUAAACUUGUAAAUCCACAGUUCUCUGUAGUUACAGGGCACAGUUUCAAAGCUAUCGAACUUAUUCUUAAUUCUUCAAAAGCUGAAGUUAUUGCUUUGGAAGUUGAAAACAUUAUUGUUUCAGUCGGCUCGUACCUUUCUUUGGGAGAUAAGAACCCCUUAGACACAGUGCUUUCUGCUAUCACGUUGUUGAAAUGUGCCAUGGAUGCAGGAGGUUCAAGUGGAGGGAUCAGAAAUCUUCCUGUAGUGUGUGGUUAUUUGGCAGGUCUUUUGACUUCUGAUGUGAGUAAGAGUUUACAUGCUUCUGGUGUACUUAAAGAGUUAAUACAGGAUCAUGUGGAUCGUGAAUGCUUGAUUGGUAAACAUCCAUGUCUAGAGGACAACCAGGAGAGCAUCGAAGUUCAAGCCAUAAAAUCGACGUGUGCCAUUUUUGAGGAGGUCCUUAAUAGUUAUGAUGGAGAUCUUGGAGAACAUAUUUUGGAUGUCAUAUCUGCUUUGUUUCUCAAACUAGGAACCACUUCUUUCAUCUUUAUGAAACAUAUUUUGCUCAAACUUGCUGAUUUGAUGAAUAUCGCAGGGAAUAUAUCUAAUAUUGAUAAUAUUCAGAAAUGUAUUGGAUCUGCUGUAACUGCUAUGGGACCCGAGAAGAUACUAACUCUUGUUCCCAUAUCAAUUGAUGCUGGCGACUUAACCGUUCGGAACAUGUGGUUGGUACCAAUUCUACAAAGUCAUGUUAUUGGAGCAUCACUUGGGUACUAUCUGGAACAUAUUGUGCCACUUGCAAAAUCAUUUCAGCAGGAGAGUUGUAAAGUUAAGAAGACUACAACGCGUAAAAAUCUACAGACUUGUGCCUGUAAUUUAUGGAGAUUACUACCUGCUUUUUGUCGCCAUCCGAGUGAUAUGCACCAAAGUAUUGGAAUUCUUACUGAAUUCUUAAUUACACUUCUUAAAGAAGACUCCUUUAUGCAUGAAGAUAUUGCUGUUGCCAUACAGGUCCUCGUGAAUCAGAACACUGUUGUACCAAAUUUCAGUGAUGUAUCUGUUAAUUCAAAGAAAACGGCAAGUAAGAACAUGAAGGCAUUGGCAUCAUCUUCGGCUGAGUUGCUUCAAGCUCUAGCUGAGUUAUUUGUUGAUUCUGUACCAACAAAGCGCUCACAUUUGAAGGAUGCCAUUGUAUGCUUGGGUUCCAUCACGGACUCCAGGAUGACCAAAAAAGUUUUUAUGUCACUGCUUGAGAGGUUUCAGUUUCUAAAUACCAAGGGUGAAUUUGAGGAGCCAGGAGGCAAUGCUGAUGAACUAGCUCAGAAUGCUGAAGGAAGUUUUGGGACUAGAAAGGUUGAUCUUCAAAGAUGUGUAAUGUUGGAGCUAGCUUCAGCUAUCAUUAAAGGAGCUGACGAGGAUCUAAUUGAUCUGAUCUAUAAAUUUGUUAAGCUUUCUUUUCAGGCAUCCUAUGAGUUGGGCCGUCAUGAAGCAUAUCAAACUCUCAGCAGAAUUCUGGAGGAACAUGCUUGGUUUGCUUCUUCUAGAUUUUCUGAGCUGGCAGAUAUUUUAAUUGAUCUGCAAUCUCCUGUUGAUACUUCAUCUCAAAGAAGUCGGUUUGCUUGUUUCCACAUUCUUCUGGUUCAUUCAUUAAAGAUUAGCUCGGAAGAGGAGAAUAACAGGGCUUUUCUUAUGCUCAACGAGAUCAUAGUCGCAUUAAAAAGUGCAGAGGAAGGCAGCAGAAAAGAAGCUUAUGAUGUACUUCAUUGUAUCAGUUGCAGCCUAAAAGAUUUGUCACAUACAAAUUCAGAUGCACAUGAAAAAUUUGUGACCAUGAUGUUGGGCUAUCUGUCUGGUGCAUCUCCUCACGUAAAGAGUGGAGCAAUUUCUGCACUCUCAGUGCUGGUCUAUGAGGAUGCAGAUAUAUGCAUUUCAAUCCCCGAUCUUGUGCCCUCCCUCUUAUCUUUGCUACGAGGAAAGGCUAUAGAAGUAAUAAAAGCAGUGCUAGGUUUUGUGAAAGUUUUAGUGUCUUCCUCGCAAGCUAAACAUCUUCAGAGCAUCAUUUGUGAUAUUCUUGUAGCGGUUCUACCUUGGUCGUCUGUCUCAAGGCAUCAUUUUAGAUCGAAGGUCACAAUAAUUCUGGAGAUUCUCAUACGAAAAUGUGGUUAUGCUGCAACUGAGGGUGUUACUCCUGAAAAAUACAAGUGUUUCAUCAGGACCCUUUGGGAGAAACGCCAUAGCAAGACCAGUUCCAAGGAUGCUGGUGAUGAUGACACAGAUGCUACAGUUGCAGAUUCAUCUUCUAAUAGGGCAAGGGGUAAGCAACACGAUGGGGUGGAUUCUGUACCCAAGAGUAAUGUAUCAGGUCAUCACAGGAAAAGGAAGAGGGAAAAGUUUUCUGCUUCCUUUGGGAGAAAAACUGAUGAUCAUACAUUCACUGAUGAUGGUGGUAGAUCCAAGAUGAGAAAAAGAGCUACUUUCUCUAGAAAUGAGAAGAUUUCGACCAUGGAUGGUUUAGGUGAUGGUCGUAAAGCAAAUUUUACCAGGCAUGGUGCUCCUAGAAAAGGUGGAAAUAUGGGGAUCGGACGUGGAAACAAGCAACAGAAAGAAAGAUUUGGAGUUAACAAGACUGCUGGAGCUUCAAGAUUCAAUCACAAGAAAUCUAGUAGUAAAUGACUGGGGAUCAAUUCGUUAGGUUUCUCGAAGAGGAGCAACUAUUCUUGCAAGCUAUAAGACCCGCGUCAGGCACCCUGCAUCGCAUUGCUUUUGAAGUCGCCUGGACGUUUCUCUGUUUCCAGGAAGUUUUAAUCUGGAACACAAAGGAAAUGACAUAGGAGCAAAGCGGGUCUUCCUCUAGAAUUGCAUGCAAGGGGGGAACUACAAGGCCAACCUUCAAAUGUCUUUGAUGAUGGUGGUGGUAAGUUGUGCAGCACACCAUGACAGAUUCCUGAGGUUACCUUCUUUUUUCUUUCUAAAUAUUACAUCACAAUCGAGGGGUGCGGAUUCAAACUUCGACCCGAAAUGAAGAAGUAUGUUGAGUUAAGAUUAGGUUGACAAAUUGUAAUUUCUUAUUUAUCUGAGGCAUUAUUAAUUUAGAAUCUCAAUUUGGGUUACAUUUGUACUAUACUAUUUUCAAUAGUACUUGAUAUUUAAAAUGUAAAAUUGAUUGGUUUGUCAGUAUAGAAAGUUUUCAAUGUGUUUCUCU